AUGAACCGCCCGCUUCUCCAGCUGAGCCGCCAGUUCGUCGCCGCGCAGAAGCGGUCCCUUCAUAAGGGAGUGGAUUCGACUCCUCCCCUACGUUGGGUGUCCGUUCCGGAGAAGUUGGGUCUGUAUGCCUUCAUCGCUCUUACCUUCCUGUCGUACCCCACCUCCGUGAUGCUCCGAUUGGACUCCCUUCGUCCUAGGGCCGAGAACGACCUCGCCCCAGAAGUCCAGGCCCAAAUCGACGAGAUCCGCGCCGCCAAGCUGGCCGCCAAGCAC